GAUGAGCCGAGCCCGUGCGCGGGCGGGGCGGGGGGGGGGCGGCCGGGGCAGCGCCGCCGGGACCGGGGCCAGGACCGGGGCCGGGGUCGGGACCGGGCUCGGCGCACUAUGCGAGGCCGGGAGGAUGGCGGUGGAAGGUAGGCAAAUAUGAUCUAGAAGAGAGAUCAUGAUAGCUAUCCAUUGCAAUCUGAAUCCGAAUGGUAUUGAUCACCCUGUCCCUACAGAAGGUAUUAAUCUGCAACUUGAAGGUGAAGGAGUUGAAUCGCCCCCUGCGAAGAACACCAGUGCUCCAAAAGGGCCUGAGUCAAAAGAGACCCCCAAAAAGCAACAAGUGGAACCAGAAAUAUCUAAAUCCGGGACUGUGAAGCUGACCAAGCCUGUGGCAUUAUGGACCCAGCAGGAUGUCUGCAAAUGGCUGAAGAAGCAUUGCCCUAAUCAGUAUCAAAUCUACAGUGAGUCAUUCAAACAGCAUGACAUAACUGGCCGUGCUUUGCUGAGACUUACUGACAAAAAGCUUGAACGAAUGGGUAUUGCCCAGGAAAGCCUGCGACAGCACAUUCUGCAGCAAGUCCUUCAGCUGAAGGUGAGAGAAGAAGUCCGAAACCUCCAGCUGCUUACACAAGCCCCAGCAGAGAGCUCUCCAUAAAUAUUUCCAGCCUCUAAAGCUGCUGUCCUGCCACUUGAUAUGAAAGUGAACUUUCCUUGGUGAAAAAGUAAAUAAAUAAAUAAAAAUAAAUGGCACUGCCAAGAGGUGACCAUGGAGGACUGAAGGCAAACUUGAAGUGAAAUCAGCCCACUCAAGAUGAUGCAUUCUGGGAAGACCUGGUUUGCUGCGGAGUAAAGAUGUGGUGCAUAAUAUCCAGUGCUAAUUUGUUCAAAAUGGUCAUUGACAGACCUUUAGCUGGAAAAUUUCUUCCAGUUUUCAUCACUGUGCAUAACUUUGAGUUCCCUGUAGGGGACUGUCUAUGCCCUUCACUAGAAGUCCUGUUUUAGCAUGGCAACUACUGGAUUCUUUUAUUAUGUAUGCAGAUGGCAUGAUGUUUUAGGAAAAACUUACAGCAAUUCUCCAAUCUCAGUGGAUAUGUUCACAAUAUUACAUCCCUGAUAGGAAUGUAAGCGUCUUGUAUAUGUUAGUUUUGCAGUCUAAUGGUAUUCUGUUAAACGAUAUCAGCACUUCAUACGUGCUUUCCACACAGAAAUAGCACAGCCCAUAUAUAUAUAAAGGUCUUUUUAAAAUACUGAGGAUACGUUUCAGUCUUUGUGCUGAGACUGCAUCCAAACUGAAGUCCACUACUAGCAUACCUUCACUGAUUCACAGUAGAUUGUGUAGAUAGAUUUGCCCAUGACAGAGGUGUGACAUUUUAUUGAGACUUACAGAAUGGCUGUCACAGAGGUAGCCAAGAACAGGGUAGGUUGAAUGGGAUGUAGGACACUGUGUCUGCUCUCCCUCCCAUCCACCAGAUGUCAAAGGUUCUCAUUUCUAGCUUGCCAAUGAGUUUUCUUACUCAGUGAGGGAGAGGAAAGGGAGAGCACCUUUCUCAGUGAUGUGUUUGACCCUGGGUUUGGUCUACAAUAAAAACAGAACAAACUGGAAGAAUUCAGGUUCUUUGUGCUGGCGACCAUUUAUGUUUUGGGAAGGACUGGGGAAUCACAGUCCAAACCAAACUCUCUGAAAAAGGUAAAGUGUAAGACUAUACUUCUAAGGAGCAAGACACUCCCUCUGGAGAGGGCAGACUUCUUUGUUAACUUUUUCCACUUUCUAUCCAAAACAGUACUUUGGUAGGAAAUAGGAAUAAGCAAAUGGUUCUAAUAAGCCUUUCAAUAUACUGUAGCAGGCUCAAGACUGUUGCAUUCAACCUGAGCGUUGUUUUUUGUUCAGUCUCUGAAUGGCUGGCCUCAUCACUGGCUGUAUCACAGCUGGCUGUGGUACUGUUUUUUCCAUGGGGACUUAGUGGAAUUAAUGUCUGUCCCUAACAUCAGGACCUUCCUGACAUAUUCUUUAUAAUGAACUGAUGUCAUCGGCGUACGGAGGAGGCUUACCUAUUUGUUCCUUCUUUCUUUAAAAUCAAAGGUAGCUUUUUGUGUAUUUAAAGACCAUCAUUCUCUCCAGCCUGAUAGACAGGUUCUGUAGAGUUGCCAUUAGUGUGUAUGCCAAACUGUGGGUGAGAUGCCAUAGGGGUGUGAGGAUGCAGUGAUCGAGAGAAGGAGCAAUAUCAAGGAACCGUAAGAAGGAACCAUAUCAAGGCCAAGGGAUGUUUUUAGAGUAAGUUCCUGUGUUAUAAUAUUUAGCUAUUGUACAGUUCAUUGCUAGAGAAUGCAAGGUCAACUGCUGAGGGUGCCUGUACAACCAACAGAUAAAUGUAUUUAGGGUGUAAUUUUUUUCUGAUGGGUGCGGGCUUUGGUUACAGCUCUCCACCCCUCUCAGAUGCAGCAUGUUGAAUGCUUCUUUACUAUUCAAUCCAGAAGGAAAAUAUUUUUAUUGAUGGCCAAGAUUUUCAGAAGCUGCUAGUGAUUUCUAAUGGUUUGGGUCUUUCCAUGGGUUUUCAGUGGAGCUCCCAAAAUUAUAAAGCAGUGAGCUUUAUAUUUUCUUUCUGAAAAUCCUGGCGCCUAAUUUUAAAUUAAUUGGUGUACAAGUUCUCCUUAAGACAUAAGAAUCUUUGCCAACAGCAGCAUUUGCACUUUUUAGAGCUUUUCAUAGCAUUGCAGGUUGGAAUCUGAUCCUUAUUAAGAGAAGUGGCCGUGAGCCUUGCAGAAUUCCAUUGUAAGCUUCAGUAAAUUUUACAGCUCUUUCUGCUACAGAUUUUUAAAAUGCACUCUGGCAACUGACAUCAAUUUCAUGUUGGUACAGCAAUUAAAAAAAGAAACAACUUGGAUAUAAGUUAUUUUUAAAAGGAGAAUGCUAUGCUUCUGCAGUAGGGAUUCUCAUAUUAUAUUACAUCCAAUGAAACAGAUCUGUAAAAUUAGAAUGAUAAAAGAAGUGUUUAUCUUUAAAAAAAGAAGAGUGUUAUCUUAAAAGGGCGUAUGAGACAAAGUUGAGUUAGGCAAAGAGCCACUAGAAGCAUUUUUUUAUCAAUGUUAGUUUUGAACAUCUUCCAGUAUAUGGGCAUGAAUUUAGAUGUGUGCACUUCUCCUGUUAAAACCGUUUGUUUUAAAAGCUUCCCAGGAUUUUAGCUACGAUGAUCUAGAAAAGCAGUGUUAUAGGCCCUGAGAAAUGUGAAAACAACGUCCAGACCCUUUGUGUAGCCAAACUCAGAGAGAACUCUGCUGUAGGUGCCCAUCAGACAAAGCUCGUUGGACAGUGGUGUAGGUCUCCAUCCUACAGGCAGCCUGUGCAUGUGGAUAACUCCAAAUGUGAGCAAGAAUAGUACCCCCGAGCCUCGCAACACUCCUCACGUGUCUAACUGUCUGAAGGAGCCAUAAGGAAAUAACUGUACUUUUUGGCUUGUAUUUAACUAUUCAUCAUGUUUGGAUUUUUUUUUUUUAAUCGCUGUUAUUCUCCCAAAGUAGGCCAUGCUUCCUCAGGGAUAUUUAUGAAAUUGUUCUGCAUCUGCUGAACAACUAUCUGGAUCCCAGCAUAUUCUUCUGAAAACUUUUUAAUAUAAAUAAACAUGUGGGAGAAAUUUUUUGUUAUUAUGAAUGGGGGCAGGUACUGUGUUCUCGGAAAGGCUAUUGAGUGCAGACAAUCAAGUCUAUUGCAUUUUUUAUGCUGAACACCUUAUUAAUAGCAGACACAUCCGCUUUUGCCUGGGUCGCAAGAACGGUUCUGUGGAAAGAAUGCUUUAUCUCUAGUCAAUAAAUCAUUUAUGUCGAGAGUGCCAAAGACCAAGUCAACAUGAAAGGGAGCGCAUAAGUUAUUCCGGCAAAGGAAGUGAAUUUAAAUACGCUCAGAGCCAUUAGUUCUGUGCAAAAGAGCUGGAGACUAAUGCUAUUUUAAUAAAACAGCAAUUAUCAGCCCUGUGGAGAUAGAUAUAUUGGCAAAGGCCAGUGCUCCCGUUACGCUGAUCACUGGUUAUUAGCUCCGGCGCACGGGUGGCUCCCCGUGGUCAGGGCGCUGCUCCUGGCCGCAGACCUGCAGCCUUGCUGCCCCUGGGUGCCUGUCCCGGCCACUUCUUACCCGCUGUCUUUGUGCAGGGAAGGAUGAUGCAGCGUCAGCCCCAACAAGAAACCCAGGCAGAGACUCAGCUGUCCUCAGCGCUUCAAAUUAUGUGAAGGCCAAAACCUGAAACGGGAGGAAUUGCUUACCUGAAAAAAAAAAACGUGCUGCGGCUGAAAACAUCCUUUGCACUGUUUCGUUGCUGGUUUGUUUGUUUUUUACAUCUGCAUGGCUUUCUCUGCCUGAAUACCCCGUCGUUUUUUUGUUAAGGAGCUUCAGGAGGGAAGCCUGCAACAGCUCUGCGAGCUCUUUGGCUUUGCCAACCCGUCUGCAUCGCCGUGCCCUGGCGGUGGGUUCGUGCCUGGCUGCUUCCGUUACUCGACAGUCAGACCGAAAGCAGCUGCAGUGUCGUUAAGGAAAUCAAACCAUUAAAAAUGACAAAAUUAUUUUUUUUGGUUUGUUCUGAAUUUUCAGAAGACCUCAGGGCAGGCCCCCAGCAGACCUGCAUUGGCACUGCUCCAUCGCAGUCCCCGGAGAUUUGUUGAUUAAUGCCAGCUGUGGAGCCCUUCCUGGGGUGAUUUUUUGCUAUAACUAAAACUGACCUCCCUCCACCCUUCAUGAAGCCACAAGAUCUCAAUUAUUCAAAAUUGUUUCAGGCAAGCAAAGUAAAAACCUGCAUUUUUCACCCCAGUCCCCUUUUAACAAAUAACAUCUCUGCAAUCUGAAUCUCCUUGAAAGGCCCUGCUAUAAGACUGUGGCAUGAUUGACCCGGUAUAAAUAGACUGGUCAAUAAGAUUUUAAUUUAAAAAGAAAAGGCCCUCUGUUAUAAUUAAAAUUGAUGGUUGGAGGGGGAUGUAUUACCAGCAUUACCUGCAAUCUCCUAUAGUAAAAUUCAGGAAGGCACUCUGCA